GCUUCGGCCAAUCAUGAAGCGCGGACAUUCUGCAGCAGGGAGAGAGGCCCAGUUUUAGAGAUGAAGCAUUAAUCGAGCGUUCAGCGGGACGGGAAAAGGAAUAAAGCCAAUCAAACAAUAAUUGGAUAAAGGAGCAUAAAGACAAAAGCAGGAGCAUUAGCUUAUCUGCGAGCAUGUCGGAGGAAACUGCCCCAGACGAAGCCAUGAACUCCACUCCAGCUCCGACCUUACAGAACCCUGCGGUUCCUUCAACACCCUUGGACUUUGAUCCAGCUCCAAGCCCACACUUGGAGUCCUCAGAGCCCGAACCAGCUUCUGCACCACCACCGGGUGGAAAUUUAGCCUUCAAGAUCAUGACCUUCAGGCCCACCAUUGAGGAAUUCCGUGACUUUGCAAAGUACAUUACGUAUAUGGAAACCCAAGGAGCUCAUCGUGCAGGCUUAGCUAAGGUCAUUCCUCCUAAAGAGUGGAAGCCCAGACGCUCCUACGAGACCAUCGAAGAUAUGGUCAUUCCUGCGCCCAUCAUGCAGGUGGUCACCGGUCAGUCUGGACUUUUCACUCAGUACAACAUUCAGAAGAAGUCCAUGACUGUGGGCGAAUAUCGCAAACUGGCCAACAGUAAAAGGUACUGCACUCCUCAGCAUAAAGACUUUGAUGAUCUGGAGAGGAAAUACUGGAAGAAUCUGACAUUCGUGUCCCCGAUCUAUGGUGCAGACAUCAGCGGCUCACUAUACGAUCCUGACAUAACGGAGUGGAACAUUGGACAUCUGAACACGCUGCUUGACAUGGUGGAGCAAGAGUGUGGGAUCGUGAUUGAGGGCGUUAACACCCCCUACCUCUACUUCGGCAUGUGGAAGACCACAUUUGCCUGGCACACGGAGGACAUGGACCUCUACAGCAUCAACUACCUGCACUUCGGCCAGCCCAAGUCUUGGUACGCCAUUCCUCCUGAACACGGCAAGAGGCUUGAAAGACUGGCAAAAGGCUUUUUCCCCGGCAGCUCUCAGGGAUGUGAUGCCUUUCUUCGUCACAAGAUGACCCUUAUCUCUCCCUCCAUCCUGAAGAAGUACAGCAUCCCUUUUGAUCGAAUCACGCAGGAAGCGGGCGAGUUCAUGAUUACGUUCCCGUAUGGCUACCAUGCAGGGUUCAACCACGGCUUCAACUGUGCCGAGUCCACCAACUUCGCCACGCUGCGUUGGAUCGACUAUGGCAAAAUGGCCACGCAGUGCACGUGUCGGAAGGACAUGGUGAAGAUCUCCAUGGACGUGUUUGUACGCUGCUUGCAGCCGGACCGCUAUGAACUGUGGAAGAAGGGCAAGGACACGACUGUCCUGGACCACCAGAGGUCCACCUCACUGACCAGCCCUGAGCUGGAGCACUGGAGGAAGAACAGAGUGACCUUUAGAGAAAAACAGCUCCGCAGAGCUCAGCAGAAAAUAAAGCAAAUACGCCGGCUGAAGCCUGAGGAGCUGAAGUUGCUGUCGGACGAGGGAAUUGAGCUGGACGUGGCUGAUUAUCAGAAGAGGCUGGAGGAGAAGGAGGCACAGAGGAAACAGCAGAGGGAGGAGAAGAUGACCAGAGAGGCCAUGCUCACUCUGGAGGCACUGGAGAGGGAGGAACAGGAGGCAGCACUCCGAGAAGGAGCAGCUUCCCAGAAGCCCGAAGCUGGAAAGGAGCCAGAGCAGGCAGACGAACAAGAGCAAAAGAAGAAGAAAAAGAAGAAAAAGGUAAAAUCACCUGAGGAGGACAGCUUCGAGCAGGCGUUCAAACCUUACGCAUUAUCCAAGAAGAACGAGGCUCAGAGCAACGGAGGCGCAGCCGUCGGCAGCUCAGAUUCCAGCUUACAGGCAAACUUGUACCCGAAGAUGAAGAUGAAAGUGGAAGUGAAGAAGAGUCGCAGGCAUCCGUUCAGCAAACCACCCAUGCGCACUCCCACUUUCAUUGUCAAACAGGAGGCUUCCAGCGAUGAGGAAAUGUACUCGGGGCUGUCAGUAGGCAGUGCGGCGGAGCAGGAAGUGAAGAAGCAAGAGCAGUGCCACUUGUGGCAAACCCUUUCACCUGACUUCGUGGCAGAGAAGCAGUUUAAUGCUGGCAUGGCAACUCUGGAGCCACACUGCGCUGUCUGUACGAUGUUCUGCCCCUACACACAGCUCCAUAAGGAUAGCCCCCCUGCCUCCGAUGUCUCUGGUGUUCCUGUGUCUCGGUGUGGUGAACAGACUCGGCCCCUUGUGCCUGAGAUGUGUUUCAGUGCCGGCAUGGCGAACACAGAGCCGCUUCCCUCCAGUGCUGAGACGAGCAUGCUGCUCUCCUGCUCCUGCUGCAACCUGCAGGUUCAUGCCAGCUGCUAUGGCGUAAAGCCUGACACUCCACAGGAAAGCUGGAAGUGUUCUCGCUGUUGUGCAGUGGCCUGGACAGCAGCCUGUUGUUUGUGUAAUCUGCGAGGAGGAGCUUUGAAGAUGACCACAGAGAACAGGUGGGUGCACGUGAUUUGUGCCAUUGCAGUGGCUGAGGCUCGCUUUGUUAACGUUGUGGAAAGAGGGCCAGUUGACGUGUCCGCCAUCCCAGACACCAGGAAAAGUCUCAAGUGCGUCUUCUGCCACAAGUCCACGAAGCAGAUCUGUGGGGCGUGUAUCCAGUGUUCGCAUGAGAACUGCUCCACUUCCUUCCACGUCACCUGUGCGCACCUGGCCGGCGUGGUGAUGAAGCCCGCAGACUGGCCGUACGUUGUGUCUGUCUCCUGUCACAAACAUAAACAGAUCAACGUGAAGCAGGCAAAGGUGACCUCGCGCGACCUCUCUGUGGGUCAGCAGGCCAUCGGCAGGAGCAGCGACGGCUGGUUUUAUCGCUGCACCAUCAUUGGCAUUGGGUCACAGACCUACUACGAGGUCAACUUCGACGACGGCUCCUACUGUGACAAUGUUUACCCCGAGAAUGUGCUGAGUCAUGACUGUUUGCAUAAUGGCCCUCCUGAACUGGGUGAGCUGAUGGUCAUAAACACGAUAGAUGGACGAGUUCUUAACGCCUCCUUCGUCAAAGAACACGUGCACAAAUUUUACCAGGUGGAGUUUCAGGAUGAGACCCAGCUGUUGUUGAAGCAGAGUGAGAUUCACUCCCUCCAUCAGGAGCUGCCUAAGAGAGUGCUCUCUCGUCUGGUGACAAUGAACACUGAAGACUCUCAGGACAAAGUGGGUGACGAGCCUCAGGCUGCAAAGCGUCCGCGUUUGCCCAUUCCCCCCACCACGGCAGCUGUGGAGUCCCUCGAUGCCCGUCUCCUGCUCCAGGGGUCCUCCAGUGUCACCUCUUACUCAGGCUUCAGUGUUAACCCCGGCAACAGCAACACCCAAUCAACACCCACUUCCACCCUGGUGCCCGCCUCUCCUGCCGAUGAGAGCUACACACACAGCUCAAGCUACGUUGCCUACAUGGAGUCUCUGCUCAACUCGGACUUCCCUCCAGAGGACGGUGAACAGGCACAGGGGUCCAUGUAUUAGUGCUUACACACACAAUGAGGAGAGCCUACUGCAUGUCUGAUGUUUGUUUACUCUCGCGCUGUUCUGGGUUUUUUUUAUUUAUAUAUAUAUAUAUAUAUAUAUAUAUAUAUAUAUAUAUAUAUAUAUAUAUAUAUAUAUAUAUAUAUAUAUAUAUAUAUAAAACCCUGACCACUGCAUAUGGUCAGGCCAUAGGCAAUGUGUGUGUGCGCGCUUUCUGGAUGUCCUGGGCCUCCGUUCCUCAUGCAUUAAAUCCUUUCUGGUCCCUUGUACAUUCUCUCACUCACGGAGGGGAAAAAUGGACAUGUUUUUUGGACUGAUUAUUGUGCAACACACUUUAUACUGAAUCCUAUCAAUGCAGUUCGAAGUAUUUUUCUAAGUUGAGCCACAACACACACUCACACAGACACACGCACACACACGUUCCACAAUUGGACAGUGCAAAUGGACAGUCUGUUCCUGUACAAGAUUUUUUUUUUUCUCCAUGUUUGAAGGGACGGGUGGUUGAGGGUGUCUGUGAUGUGGGGUUUGGGGGGAUAAAUCGGGGUUUAACUCAAGUAUUUAAACGUCUUUGACACAUAGAUUUAUUAUUUGUAUAAAGCAAAUACGGCGCCAUUAGAUGCUCCACUCUUUUGCCUGAGAGUCGGUGUAGAGGUGAUGUGUUUAAGAAUUCUUGUUAAUGCUUAUAAUCGAUAUGUCAUGGUGUAUUUUCAGUGCCGGGUGUCUGGGCUUGUUUUGUAGCAGACUUCGUAAAAAACAAACAAACAAACAAACAAAAAAAAGGUGUAGACUUGAUUAUGUAUGGGCUUUCCUGUUCACUUUGUCCACUUUUAUUACGAUCACUGUCUUUUUUUUUUUUUUGCUGUUAUUGUUUCUAGUAGGGACGCACCAAUCUCAUAUUUCGAUCUGAUUCUGAUCUGAUCCCUGAAGCCGUUCGCUCCUUAAGGACUUGUUAUUGUCUUUGAGAUGUUGAUGUAUUUCAUGAUCAAAAAAAGUUACACAAUUCCACCCCUAAUCAAUCAGCUAAGACAUGUUUGGUGUCCAAAAUGUCUGGCUAAUGGAUGUCUAUCUCACACAAAAUAAUGUCUGUGAAACAUCACCAAAUCUUUAUGUACCAGCUUCAGAUAACCUCAUUAAGAAACUGCAUUUACGUACAUUUUUAAAAACUCUGUGUUCUGGUUAGCGCUUCCUAUCACACGAUGGCUACUACCCAGGGAAGGUGAAGGCUAACGUGCUUAUUCUGGGCUACACAUAACUGAGAUUUGCUGUUCAUUCUGCAUCACAGGGCAGCAUAACUCAUUCUGAAGAAAGCGCUAUCUGCCCUCUUCUGCAUACAUGAUCUUUCAAAUUUACGAUUGGCUAGUGUCACUGUGAUUGACGGGGGAAUUGAGUAGAUCAUCUCUUCCACCCAGAGAGCACAACAAAUUUUGCACUCUUGGACUCCCAGGCAAUGCAUCAUUGGGAUUCCAGUUUGUGAUCUCCUGGCUAUAAGCCAAACUUUUUUUAUUCCCCCUGUUGUGACACUUGGGAUUUUUUGUGCGAGAUAAACUUCCAUUACUUACAUCAGAGUUACAUCAGUUUAGUAGCUCCAGUGCACUGCUCAAUAAGAAAAUGUUGAACACACUCGAGAUGGAACAUUGUGUACUGCAUGUUUGAUUUUUCAUCGAACUAUUGCUUUAAUACGACAAGGGAAAUGAAUUAUCCUAAAUUCAAAGCCGUUGUGAAUACCAAGAUGAAAAUGGACAAUCAGUAUCAUGCAUUCAUGGUCAAAUGUGAAUUUGACACUGUGCAGGCCAACAACAGCGUGAUACUGAUCCUCUGUAUCAUCGGUGCAUCCCUAGUUUCUAUAGUACUUGCAAUGUUGGUGAAAUGAAUAGCGGCACAGGUUACCAAUUUUUGGUGUAAAGAUGUGUAGAUCGAAUAGCCCUGUAUAUGAUUAGCGUUAAAGUUGUGAUCAGGCUUCCUCAAGGUGCUACAAAAGACUGAGAGGCCUUGCAUCACACCUAUAUACGCACACACACAAAUGGUGUACAUACCAAUAGUCCUGCUCAUUAUAGAGCUAUACAUUAGAGUCCUAUAGUGUCAUGUACAUUAGAAACCGCCUACUAUGUCCUAUAUCUUUUUAUACCUCUUUCUGUCUCUCACUUGAAUGGUGCGUUUGAGUUUCUCACACACGCAUGUACUCACACUCCUUUAGAAGAGUUUCUGAGUAAGGCUGCGUUGUGUCGAAAUUUCCCCAACAAGCCCAGGGCUGUUUGAGAUUCUCUUUUCUCCAUUUUCUUUUCCCUCUUAUAAAAGUGGGCAUGUUUUAGCUUCUUGGGCAUGUUUUAGUCUAGAUCCAAAACCAGCACCAUGAAAUCUGGCUUAUGAGAUGACCAACAAGUUGCUGGUUUCAGAUCUAGAACCAUACUGUUACGUGACAAACGAGGUUGCUCUUAGCCGUCUAAAUUGGUUCUAGCAGGAAAUUGCUGCUGGACCAGGUAGCGGUGAUGUCAUGUGCAUGGAGGUGUAGUCAUAUUUUCCCCAUAUUAACAGACUACUAUUGAAAUAAGUCUUGAACUGUGCAGUACAUUUAAAAGAUUAUUCUUGGGGGGUAAAAAAACAAACAUAAAUAAACAGGAAACAUUAAAUUUCCAAUCAUUGUUGUGAACUGAAUAGGAGCUACUUCAUUAAUGCUAAUGUGAAUUAAACUUUGAGCCAUAAAAAUCAUAAAGUGCUUUUCUGCCAUCUUGUGUAUACAUGUGUCUAUAAUUAUAUAUGUGUGCACCAUAGAAUACAUUAAUAAAGCCCUAGGUAGGCAAUAAAGCGGAGUAUGCACUACUGAGGGAACAUAUUCAAUAGACUUGCAUUGAAUUUUAUUGACUUUUAAAAAGCCUCAAGUAUAAAUGACAAAUGCUUUUUUUUUUUUUUCUACUUGAUUGGGGGGAAAAAACGUUUUACAAUUUAGAUGAGUCUGUAAUACAACCUUAGUGUCAUAUACACUCAAGAAAAUUGCAAAAUAUGGCUGUCUUACUUUUUGAGCUGGGCUUGAUCACAUUGAUGGAGAAAUAGCUAACUUUAGACACGGUUAAAAAGUGAUUUUUGUGAUGUUAUAAUAACAUUUACAUGAAUAGUUACAAAUUAAAUAUCUCAACAUAGCACUUAAAUUUAGUGUUCUGGAAAAAGAAAGUGCAGAAACUGAGCCCCAAUGUAGUGUCCAAGUGGUUUAUGUUGCUGUAGAUAGAAUGAGGUCAUGUGCUAUCAGUUAUCUAGGUCUCUAAUAUGUAUAUUUAUGGUGUAGACACAGAAGGAUGGUCAAAUUGAGUAAAAAAAAAACCUUAUUGGAAACUCUUACAUUUGGCUCAUGUAAAAUGGCAGAAAAGUGGGCUGUAAUAAUACAUAAAAAUGUUUCCUAGUUCCCUAAACCUACAAAGAAAUGGCCAAAUCUGCUUCCAAUGCUCCUCUUGUGAUCUUGAUUCUCUCUGCUUCAGAGUGGGGAUUUUUCAAGACUCCGUGUUGCAUUCCUCAGUAUUUUAAACUUACAAGCAGGACUUGGUUGGUCUCUGAUGUGAGACAGUCACUCCUCAUCUUCUGUCAUCUCCUGUUGUCUGAAAUCAAACGCACUGUUUGCUCGCUCAAUGCCGUCAACUGCUUCACCGAGAUCACAGGCGGUUUCUGCAGAAAGCUUUUCUGUUCUCGGGGUUUCACUUUUUCAGUUUGCAAUAACUCUGUAACCUCUCUAAAAGGGCAAGUCAACCCCCAGAUCACAAGUUCUGCCGUUCUGCUGUUUGUAGAUGUUCAUGACUUACAGAAACUAUGGGGUAAAUUCUAUUAAAAUGUGAAGUGAAUCUCUGA